AUGAAAAUCCUAAAUGGUGGAGUCUAUGUAGACCAGAACAAAUUUCUUUGUUAUGCAAACACAAUUCAUUGGCAAGAUAUUGUUCGGAAUCCAUGGCCUUCCAACUUGACUCUGGUGUCAACAAAUGGUAGCUCAGGAUGUGGACGUUGCCAUAAGUCCUGUACCGGCCGAUGCUGGGGACCCACAGAAAACCAUUGCCAGACUUUGACAAGGACGGUGUGUGCAGAACAAUGUGAUGGCAGGUGCUACGGACCCUAUGUCAGUGACUGCUGUCAUCGAGAGUGUGCUGGAGGCUGCUCAGGGCCUAAGGACACCGACUGCUUUGCCUGCAUGAAUUUCAAUGACAGUGGAGCUUGUGUGACUCAGUGUCCCCAAACUUUUGUCUACAAUCCAACCACCUUUCAACUGGAGCAUAACUUCAAUGCAAAGUACACAUACGGAGCAUUUUGUGUCAAGAAAUGCCCUCAUAACUUUGUGGUCGAUUCCAGUUCUUGUGUGCGUGCCUGCCCUAGUUCCAAGAUGGAAGUGGAGGAAAAUGGGAUUAAAAUGUGCAAACCUUGUACUGAUAUUUGCCCAAAAGCAUGUGAUGGCAUCGGCACGGGAUCACUGAUGUCCGCACAGACUGUGGAUUCCAGCAACAUCGACAAGUUCAUAAACUGCACCAAAAUCAAUGGGAAUUUGAUCUUCCUUGUCACUGGUAUUCAUGGGGACCCUUACAAUGCGAUUGAAGCUAUAGACCCAGAGAAACUGAAUGUAUUUCGGACAGUCCGAGAGAUAACAGGUUUCUUGAACAUACAGUCAUGGCCUCCAAACAUGACUGACUUCAGUGUUUUUUCUAACCUGGUGACCAUUGGUGGAAGAGUACUCUAUAGUGGCCUCUCCUUGCUUAUCCUCAAGCAACAAGGCAUCACUUCCCUGCAGUUCCAGUCCCUGAAGGAAAUCAGUGCAGGAAACAUCUACAUUACUGACAACAGCAACCUGUGCUACUACCACACCAUCAACUGGACGACGCUCUUCAGCACGAUCAACCAAAGAAUAGUGAUUCGGGACAAUAGGAAGGCUGAAAACUGUACUGCUGAAGGAAUGGUGUGUAACCAUCUGUGCUCAAGCGAUGGCUGUUGGGGACCUGGGCCAGACCAGUGCCUGUCCUGCCGUCGCUUCAGCAGGGGCAGGACCUGCAUAAACUCUUGUAACCUCUAUGAUGGAGAGUUUCGAGAGUUUGCGAACAGCUCCAUCUGUGUGGAGUGUGACCCCCAGUGUGAGAAGAUGGAGGAUGGCAUCCUCACGUGCCAUGGACCGGGACCUGACAACUGUACAAAGUGCUCCCAUUUUAAGGAUGGCCCAAACUGUGUGGAAAAAUGUCCAGAUGGCUUACAGGGGGCAAACAGUUUCAUUUUCAAGUAUGCGGAUCAGGACCGGGAGUGCCACCCCUGCCACCCCAACUGCACGCAGGGGUGUAGCGGUCCCACUAGUCAUGACUGCAUUUACUACCCUUGGACGGGCCAUUCCACUUUACCACAACAUGCUAGAACUCCUCUAAUUGCAGCCGGAGUCAUUGGAGGGCUCUUUAUCCUGGUCAUCAUGGGUCUAACGUUCGCAGUUUAUGCGAGAAGAAAGAGCAUCAAGAAGAAAAGAGCCUUGAGAAGAUUCCUGGAAACAGAGUUGGUAGAACCCUUAACUCCAAGUGGCACAGCGCCCAAUCAAGCUCAGCUUCGUAUUUUGAAAGAAACUGAACUCAAAAGAGUAAAAGUACUUGGUUCAGGUGCUUUUGGAACCGUGUAUAAAGGUAUCUGGGUACCUGAAGGAGAAACAGUGAAGAUUCCUGUAGCUAUUAAGAUUCUUAAUGAAACAACUGGUCCCAAAGCCAAUGUGGAAUUCAUGGAUGAAGCUCUGAUCAUGGCAAGUAUGGACCAUCCACAUUUAGUCCGGUUGUUGGGGGUGUGUCUGAGCCCCACCAUUCAGCUGGUGACACAGCUUAUGCCCCACGGCUGCCUGUUGGAUUACGUCCAUGAACACAAGGAUAACAUUGGUUCCCAGCUGCUGCUUAACUGGUGUGUCCAGAUAGCUAAGGGAAUGAUGUAUCUGGAAGAAAGACGGCUUGUUCAUCGCGAUUUGGCGGCCCGUAAUGUCUUAGUGAAAUCUCCAAACCAUGUGAAAAUCACAGAUUUUGGACUAGCCAGACUCUUGGAAGGAGAUGAAAAGGAGUAUAAUGCUGAUGGAGGAAAGAUGCCGAUUAAAUGGAUGGCUUUGGAGUGUAUACACUAUAGGAAAUUCACCCAUCAGAGUGACGUUUGGAGCUAUGGAGUCACCAUAUGGGAACUGAUGACAUUUGGAGGAAAACCCUACGAUGGAAUUCCAACCCGAGAAAUCCCUGAUUUAUUAGAGAAAGGAGAACGUUUGCCCCAACCUCCUAUCUGCACUAUUGACGUUUACAUGGUCAUGGUCAAAUGUUGGAUGAUUGAUGCUGACAGUAGACCAAAAUUUAAGGAACUGGCUGCUGAAUUUUCGAGGAUGGCGCGGGACCCUCAAAGAUAUUUAGUUAUUCAGGGUGAUGAUCGUAUGAAGCUUCCCAGUCCAAACGACAGCAAGUUCUUUCAGAAUCUCUUGGAUGAAGAGGAUUUGGAAGAUAUGAUGGAUGCUGAGGAAUACCUGGUCCCUCAGGCUUUCAACAUCCCACCUCCCAUCUAUACGUCCAGAGCAAGAAUUGACUCAAAUAGGAGUGAAAUUGGACACAGCCCUCCUCCCGCCUACACCCCCAUGUCAGGAAACCAAUUUGUGUACCGAGAUGGGGGUUUUGCUGCAGAGCAGGGAGUGCCCGUGCCCUACAGAGCCACGACCAGCACCAUCCCAGAAGCUCCCGUUGCUCAGGGGGCCACAGCCGAGAUGUUUGAUGACGCCUGCUGCAAUGGCACCCUACGCAAGCCAGUGGCACCCCAUGUCCAAGAAGAUAGCAGCACCCAGAGGUACAGUGCCGACCCCACGGUGUUUGCCCCGGAACGGAGCCCACGAGGAGAGCUGGAUGAGGAAGGCUACAUGACCCCUAUGCGAGACAAACCCAAACAAGAAUAUCUGAACCCUGUCGAGGAGAACCCGUUUGUCUCUCGGAGAAAAAACGGAGACCUUCAAGCUUUGGAUAAUCCCGAAUACCACAAUGCUUCCACUGGUCCACCCAAGGCAGAGGAUGAGUAUGUGAAUGAGCCACUGUACCUCAACACCUUUGCCAACACGCUGGGGAACGCCGAGUACCUGAAGAACACCGUACUGUCUGUGCCGGAGAAGGCCAAGAGAGCGUUCGACAACCCUGACUACUGGAACCACAGCCUGCCCCCUCGGAGCACCCUGCAGCACCCAGACUACCUGCAGGAGUACAGCACAAAAUAUUUUUAUAAACAAAAUGGACGGAUCCGGCCGAUCGUGGCGGAGAAUCCCGAAUACCUCUCUGAGUUCUCCUUGAAGCCAGGCACUGUGCUGCCUCCUCCACCCUACAGACACCGGAAUACUGUGGUGUAAACUCAACCGUGGUUUUAAGGUGGAAAGACAUGCCCGCUCCAAUUUCCCUGCCACCUCUCUUUCUCUUACGGUCUCCCUUCUACUCCCAAGGCCAGUAGUUCUGAAACUUCCCAGGGGAAGCUGUCGAGAUGCAAUGAUAGUUAUGUGCUUAUCUAACUUGAACAUUAGAAGGAAGGACUGAAAGAGAAAGACAGGAAAAAACACACUGUUUCUUCAUUUCUCUGCAUGGGUUGGUCAGGCGACAGAACCAGCAAAGGCAAGGCAAUACUGCCUGCUGUCAAACAAGUUUUCAAAUGUUUUCUUUUUUCAAAUUUCUUUCUAUUUCUUUUUUUUAAAUGCGGAGUCUUGAAAGACCCAUGCUAUCUGUUCCUGUCUACAGGAACUGAUGUGUACAGUUUCAGCAUCCCUGAAAGCCCUAAUAACCUUUACAUUAGAAUAAGUAAAAGAUAACCUUUUCUAUAAUAUGUAAUAUAACAGAUGGAGAAUCCAAAUUUCUUUCUCCCACUGUUUCUAUCCUGACAAGCAAGAGUGGCUAACUCAGCUUUCAUUUCUGAAUCUGCAUCAGAGUUAGAACUAGUAAUCUUGUUUGGAGGGCUUUCUUGUGUGUUUUUUUAUUAUUUUAUUUUCCUUUUUGUUUUUGCUUUGCUCCAGUCCUUCAUGUUACUACUUUCUCCCCUAUUUUUGGCUUUAAUUUCUAAUUGCAAAGAUUUUUUAUGCAUUGCUAUAAAUUAUCAAAAUUCUAAAAAGGAAGUGGAAUGGCCACUAUUUUAAAUAUAUUGUCUUUAAAAUUAGAAAGGGAGGCCAAGAUGUUAGUCAAAUAUAGCAUCAAAUCUCACCUUUUUUUGAGUUUACACUAUUGAACAUGUACCACCCCCAUUCCUUUUCAUCCUUCAAUGUUUUCUUCUCCUCCAUAAAUGACAGUACUUGAUAGGCAGUUGGUAAUUUUUUUAAAAGAAGGGAAACUAAGAGACAGUUCUGUGUGGUUCAUGAAAACUACUGAUAUUUUCAGGGGUGAUCCAAUGGGGAAUCCAUUGAACUGGAAGAAACACACUGGAUUGGGUAUGUCUACCUGGAAGAUACUCAGAAAUGUAGUUUGCACUUAAACUAUCAUUUUAUUUGUUCUCUUUCUGAACUCCAUUUUGGAUUUUGAAUGAAGCAAUAUGGAAGCAACCAGCAAAAUAGCUAAUUUAAGCACAUUUUUUUUUUAAAAAGUGCUUAAAGAAAGAAAGACUAUGGAAAUACCAAACCAAGCAAAUUAGGACUUUGGAACAGUAUCCAGGGAUUAUGAUGACAGGGACAGCACGUUAUCUACAUGUGAUAUCACAUUUGCUACGCAAGGAAAGUUGUCCAGUUUGUAUACUGAAUAUUAAGAAAUGCAAGUAACGAUGGGCUUGAAUUCUAUGGAAUUUCUAGUAUGAGACUCUAUUUAUAAUAAGGGGAAGGUAACUCUUUGCACAUAAAUUGGUAUAACAAAAAAAGAAAUACACGCAUUCACAGCUUAUAGAUAGAUCGUUGGGGCAAAAAUUGUAAAUAAACCUGAAAAAUAUUCUCAUGUAAUUAUUUUAAUAUCCCACAUACUAAUCUUUUGAUACUUUAUAUAAUAACUCCUUUCCUCAAACACAGCAUCCUAGUAAUAGGACCAUCUUUAUUAUGUAUUGUUUCAAGAGAAUACCUGCUGAGUUAAUAUGAUUAAUGGGAACAAAUGGUAGGAACGAGUCUCCAGAAAAAGGGAACCUCAGAUCAGUUAUUAGGAGAAUUGGAUAUGUCUCUCUUUUCUAAGAAAAUCCAUCCCAGGUCAUUUGGAUUUAAAAUUUUUUUUUUCUAAUGUUGACAUAGUGGGAUCAAAUUUGACUCUAUUAUAAGAAGCAAUUAGACUAAAAAUCUCCAAAUGGUAAAACAGAGACUUUAGAGGGGAGAAUGCAAAAGAAAAAGAAAAAUCUAGAUUUCUGCUUGUUUUGAAAAUGUAAAUCCAUUAAUACCUUCAACUUAUUUUUUCAAUUAAUAUUUAUUUAGAGUCUAUUAAAAGCACUGUGUUAUGUGGGAAAUACUGAGAUAAAUGUAAUAUUAUUCCUAACUUAAACAUUUUAGUCUAGCUUUAUUUGGGAUGACACUUGAAUUUCUUCAUAAAUUUAAAGAAUAAGAUUGCAUGAACUUUUUGUGAGUAGUCAUCAUAAAAUCAGCUGUUAGUGAAACGAUCUCUAGUGAACUCAUUUGAGACACAAAUGAAAGAUCCUACAAGUUACUAAAAUAUACAAAUAGGAUAGUUUCAACGCUAUCAUCUAAGCACAAACCGGUCUAGAAGGAUGUUGCAUCACUGGCCUAUGGGCCUGCCUGGAUCUAACUUGACCAUUAAAUUGGCAGUCAAUGUUGGUCUUUGGCCAAGAACCUUGGAGGCAUUGGGAUCAGUUUCGUUCUACGUUUUGAAAAGGAGGUAAGCUAAAAGAGCGACGAAAAGCAAGGAAGGGGUUUCUGAGAUAUUUUCUAAUAAAGUUCAACCACAAAUUUCCCAAGAAUAAUUCAGGCACCACAGCAUGACAGCUUAGAGCACUCUCACCCAUUCAGAGGAGUCUCUGGGAAAAGGGGACCUCACAUCAGUACUUAUGAAAAUUUAAAUAUAACCCUCCAAAUUCUGGAUAAAUCUGUACCAACUCAGCAUUGACAGCACCCUUGUUGGAUACUGGAACUUGAUUUUUUUUCUUUUGAUUUACAGUAGUCAUAUAUUUUUAUUGUGAUAUGGAAAGCACAAUCGUUUAUUUUGUAGAAGGCUAGAACAGUAUUUUUUUUACUCUUAAGGUAAUAGAAAUGUAUCCAGUGAAUGUAAUCUCCUCCAUCCUAAGAACAUGAGACCCUUGGACAUCAGUUAAUCUUCCACUAAUCUAAUAACUGGAGAUAGAUGUGAGUAUAAUCUACAGUGAUCCAAAAUGUUUCAUGAGGGCUCCACGUUAUUGUUCCUUUUGAAUGAUUUUUGUAAUACAUACUUGAUUUCAGUUGUUUUAAGGUUUCCCUUUUGUUAUAUAUUUGUUUUCCUUAGAAAACAUAUUUCAGAGUGGAUGAGAAGGAGAAAAAAAAAUCCAUUUGUUCCAAAGAAUAACUCGGUCAACCCAGUGGAGCGUAAUGUUCAAAUGCCAAUCAAAGCCUGAAAGGUGCAUUGGAAUAUCAUGUCCCUGAGGCUAGAUGUAUCUGUGCUAAUAUGCAGAAUCAAUUCAGUCAAUUUGAAGAAAAUUAAUAGUAAAGUUGCACAAACUAUAUUUUUAAAUCACCAAAUUUUGUAGUUUAUACCUACCUUAGGGAAUCCUAUUUUCAAGUAUGAAAAAUGGCAUAAUAGAAAGGUUGUUUAAAGAAGUACUUCUUAGACAGGUGAGGAAAGAUGUUCUGUAAACCAGGGUAGACCCAGCACCACAAAGCAGAAAGGGUAUUCUUCUAAGACGUGUUAUAAUGUAUGCUAAUAGCUUCUAAAGGCAAGACAUGGCAUGAAGGUCAGGAAUAUCCCAAUGCCACAGACAGACCCUUAAAAGGACUCUGAGGGUUAGCUGCUAUCUGAAGUUAGAGGGACUAUGGGUGUGCUUCUUGAAGUGUCGAAAGUGAAAAGAAAAAUUUAAUUCUUUAAGCCCGACAGGGAAGGAUGUAAAUACAAGUUUUUUCUAGCUAUCUAACCUUUAUUUCAAAACUUGAAUUAUUCAUCCAUCUAUAAAUGUUGAUUAUUUAACUAGUGUAUGUAGUUCAUAAGGUAAUAGAAAAGGUAAAGAUCAUGAAAGCAUGUAUAUAACUGGGCAGACCAUGAAAAUGCUGUAAGAUGUAGAUUUAGUUAAGUUAUCAGACAUUAAAUGAUUUUAAUAUUAUUAAAUAAACUAAGUUAGAAAAUUAACCACAAACUAUAAUGUAACAAAAUAAAGUGCAGGAUAUGAAAGUGUAGGUUGGAUUUUGCAAAGUAAAAAAUCAGUUUACCCUUUAAAAUUGCUAUUUGUUAGGUAUAUCUGAAAGUAGGCAUGUAGAGAGCUGGUUCCACUUGUGAAAAUUUGUUUAAAGAACUACAAUUAAUUUUUUUCCUCAUAUUCUUACUCCUUUACCUUUUAAAAAUGUAUUAAAUGUAAAGAGAAAUUUUUAGAAUUUGUCUUGCAAGCACCACCUUGAAGAGUUUAACAGGCAAAUAUGUUGAUUAUGACUUGAAGUGAGGGGUCUCUCAAUGAAGUCCGGGAAAAUGUAAAUGUUCUAUUACCUUAUGCAGAGACAGAGAAUGAGUGGUGCCAUUGACUAAGCAAACAAAACAUUUAAUUUGUGACAUGUCCUUUCUUUUUCCUUGAUACCUCUGGUUUCCCAAAACAAACAAGAAUUAGUUAACAAUAUUCUGAUAAAGAAUUGCUAAAACCAGCAUUUCAAACUGCUGUAUCUCCAUUAUUUUGGACUCUAAUUAUUAAACUGAUGAUUUGUAAUACAGCAAAUAAGAAAUCCAGGUGUGUAGGCUGCUAGUUAUUAAAAAAAAAAUCUGAUAAAUUCACUCCUGUAUAUGCUAUGGACAGAUACUUCUGCUGUGCCUCUCCUUGUGUAUAUGGGAUUUUGAAGGACAGCCUUGUACCCAUGUAGACACAUAAAGGCAGACUCAUGUCUUCUAAUUGCCAUUUGCUUGAAAAAGAAUAGCAAUAGAGAGAUAGACUGGGUAUCAUUUAAAAUGCCAAGAUCAGAGGAGGCCUUAAUAUUACAGAUAUUGCAGUGGGGCCAGGUUUUAUAUUUCUGGGUAGAAUUGAUACAAUAUUCUAAUCCCAGAGAUGUCUUUGCAGAGUAGUUGUUUCUAUAGUUACAAACAUGAAGCAGUUGUGGACACUUUGUUGGGUCAGGAAAACCUUUUCUUUGUGUGGACAAAUGGCUUUUAAAGCCAUGGGCUGCUUUGUUAUGUUCAUUCACAGAAAAGUCCCCAUAAAAAAAGUAGAAAAUUUAGACACUCUGUUCAAGUCCCCCUGAUUUUGCAAAAAUGUAGGGUGUGCCACUUUUGUGGACCCCUGCCUCACCUCUUCCCAGCCAGGUGAUUUUUGGGGCAGAAGAAAAUGCUUCUCUGGUCAUGAGCUGAAAAGACUCUAAGCCCCAAUUUCAUGGAUGUUCUCAUGCUUUCCCUGGAAAAUACCCUUUGACUCUCAGUUUUAUAAGUGAUUAUCUUGGUAGGUAUCAUAGAAAUGCUCAUUUCUCUCUGGACCUUAGAGGAAAAUACCAUCCUCUUUCCUUUCCCAUUGGCACAACCACCUCCAUUGUCUUCACUUUUCCACCACUCUAGUUUGGAGUGGUCCCCUCGAUGCUGUAUCUCUCUUAAGCCAUAGUGGAUCUCUGAGGUCCCACACCCUGCUUUGUGAAAUAAUGACUUAGCCUCUUCUCUCACAUGCCUGACUUUUUCAUAAAAGGUCCCAGCAAUUUGGACAUUAUUUGAACUAUGUGCAAAUAAAUUACUGCACAUAGCAUACUUUGUGAUAUUAAUUUUUUCUUCAUGUUUUUCCAUGAAGAUUGAUUCCUUUACUAUGUCCUUCUCUGUAGGAUUUGAGAUGAGUCAACCCUGUGAUGAAUCUUGAAACUCACAUAGGGGCACAUGCCCUUGGUAGGUCUCAGAUUUAAUCUUUUCAUGAAAACCUUACAUAUCACUGAGAAGUUAGUUUUGCCAGCACAUUAACUUAUUUACUUUAUCUUAUUUUAUUCCUGGUCACAAAUAUUGUAUAGCUGCUGUAUUUUUUCCCCCGCAAAUGAAGAGUCUUAGUAUCCUAAAAGGUAAAGGCUAUUCAGCUUUGGGAAUCCCCUAUAAUCUUUUAUUGGUUUCAUUCAUCCAUCUAAGAAAUAUGUAAUGAGUGCAGUUUCACUAUAAUGGAAAUUCAUGUUGUCCACGAGGUUGCCAUUCUUUCUCUGCUUAUGCUCUCUAAGGACAUUUUCCUUUCAAGACUCUACUGAGUUUGACCCAUAUCAUGAGACAUGGUUAUAUUUGUACAAAUAUACAAAUAUAAGAAAACAAAGUUUCAUACCUAUAGGCAAUAGUCUAACUUGUCCAAGCCACUUUGCCUUUACUGCUAUUUUUAUCCCUGAUGUGUAAAGUGUGUCCCAGCCUGUAGCCUUUUGAAGGAAAGCAAAUCAUACAUCCUAUCUAUUGACAUAACCUGGUUUUUGCAUCUCAUUUCCAGAUUUUUUCAGUUAAUGAAGGGUUGUACUUUUCCCCUCGCGUGAAAGUCAUUUUCCUGUAUAUUUCUGGAUCUCUCAGGGGCUGGGAGGAGGGAGUGAAGGGACUGCACCAUAGCACUCCAAGAACCCUUUUGGGAUUACUACAGUAAUCAACUACAAAAGUUAUUUUCUAAUUGUAGAUAUGUGGGCUGUUCUUUUAAAGUAAGGUACUUUGAAAUAUGUAGCAUAAAUUGGUACUGCUGUUAAAUGGGUCGAUUACUAAACUGAGCAGCUGUCCAAGGGCAGCUAACUUUGAAUGCACAUCUCACUGGCUGUUGCGUCUACAUCUCAUGUUGUGAGCUCCAGGGACUUGCAUUGCUGCAUGUCGAAACUGCGUUGUCUCAUGGUAUGACUAGUUGUUCAUGUCUUUCUUGAGCACCAUUGUAACAAGAUCGAAUGAAAAUGAGACCAAUCUGUAAGACAAUUCAUAGCACAAAAAAAUGUCAUGUUAAAUCUUCUUUCAGACCCUCAUCUCAUACAAGCAUCACAAUAGUUACUAAGAUCAGGUGUUAAUGGGAGACACUACCAAAAAGACAGAGGCUUAAGGUAUUUUAUACGUUUGUAUUCGUUUCCUUGUGUUCUUAACUUGUAAAGAGAAAACAAGCCCUCUCUCUUAUGAAGUACCUUCAAAGGACAGAGGUGCAAAAAUACCUAGUUGGUAAGCCAUCAGUGUUUCAUUUAAACCCCAGUGUUCAAAGUUAGCUGCCUUUUGAAAUAAAAAAUACUACUGUAUGUUUGAAAAUGUGAAUAGUAUUUUUAUAGCUUGUUAAAGACAUGGCUAGUUGCAUUUGUAAAUAAGGAUAAUGUUGAUUUGAUUUUCGUUUGUGGACAUCUUUAUUUGGAACAUAAUUGUCUUUAGGGUUGAUUUGUAUAUAAGUAAUCGGCUUGUGAUUGUUUCUUUUUGGUUGGAAGUUAUAAUUUUGACAUUACUUGUGAUUCUGUGUUCAGCACUAUUGUGAUAUGUUCAACCUCUGCACUCGCUUACACAAUAGGAUAUGACAAUUGUGUGUUGUAAAAUGUUAUUUUGAUUUUUUUCUAUUUUAUCUAUGAAGGAUUAUGCACUUAACUCAUACUAACUUUUUUAAUGUUAGGUAUAUUUUUAGUAUAAUUUCCUUAAUCUUUUUUCUUCUGUAACCCUUCACCCCCUUCUUUUUCCCCUUCCCCCUACUUCUGUUGUUAUUUGCAAAUAAGAGACACUGUCUUUUAAAUUUCUGUAAUUAGGCUUUUCAGUUAGUUCUCAAGGAUCCUCUCUUGGCUCUUGGGAAAGAAUUGUACCUGUACAAGGCAAUUAUAGAAUGCGACCUGCUUUGCCUCAUUCCGUACUGAUCAUCCCAGCUGAACAAUUUGAAAACUGUUCUGCUUUUUUGUUACAUGAAUCUGUCAGAAAUAUAUUUUUAAUUUAAUAUAAAUGAAAU